GCUGGUGCAUUUCAUUCUUGAACACAUUCACAUUCGCGCAAUCUUGCAAUUUUGCCAGGCUGCACCGCCGAUAGCGCAUGCAAUGGCAGCGGCUGAGGACUCGUCGAAGGCCACCGCGCCUGCCGGCUCUCCGCUUCGCAGCGGAAGCGUCCUCAAGCUGCCAUCCCUCCCAGCAUGGGCAACAAGUAGGACCCCUUCUCCCGCCAUGCGAAGUGGUGCAGCCAGCAGUCGGGAAGGCGAGAUGGAGGGUCAGAGAAAUCAUGGCACGGCCACCACCAGGAAAAGUCCGCUAGCCUCCACCUCUCGAGCUUCUCCGUUGCCCAACGGAAGGUUCAUACCCGAAUCCGAGCGGGGCUGGGUGUACGAUGAUGGCGGACCUGCCGAUAUAGCUUCCAAGAGAGGAGGCGAACGCAGGAGGAGCUCUUUGGCUAGCAAACAGUGGCUCGACUUUAGAUCUUCGUCCAAGAUCAAGGCUGGUGACCAAACUGCGACACCGGAAGAUCGACCAGAGUUGAUGCGCACAAGAUCUCGGUCCACACCUGCCACGAACGCUGCCAAUAUCCAAGCGGGGCUGCGAGGCGAUGCGCUCUCCGCAGCUGCUUCUAGAGCAGCUCCUGUAAUGGAAGAGGAGAUGGAGUUGGAGCAGCGUGCUUUUCAGCGAGGUCUUGACCAGCUCGAUGUCGUGGACGAGAACGUUGCAAGGCCUUCGAGCAGGAAGAACUCUUUUGACGCCUCGGCGGAGCAUGGAUCCGUUUCGUUCCGGCAACGAAGGCGACGGCGAUCGCUGCAGGAAGCUUCUCAAUCAGAAGCAAUGUAUGAUGAGGAGGACCUCAAGAAUGCUUCACGCUCCCACAGAUUGCAGGUUGAUACAGAAGUACCCGUGCCUGCCGCACAGGUAGCACAAGACGCGUCAUCUCGUGAGAAAGCAGAUCAGUCAGGGAGUGUCGAGGAUGUUAAGCCGCGAGUCGCAGGCUCGCAUCCUCUGUCACCGAUCGAGUCGCCACCGCCUGUGGUGCACACACCAAGGGGCUAUCCUUGGCGAGAUGUGGCGAUGUCGACAAGCUCGAGCAAAGCAUCUUCGGGUCUGCCUACCUUCGUCUCUCCGAGCCACAGAAAUCCCACAGCUAAGCAAGCGUUCUAUGAUACGCAUUUCGGGGCUUCUUCGGGCUGGCAAAGCUUAAGUAGCUUGGCUGAGCCUGUUCGACACCCUUGGGACACAUUGCGCGGCAAGCGCAAGCAUGCCAAGGGCUCAGCAGCGGUCGAUCCGAUCGACAGGGUGAGAGAUGAAGCGGAGCAGCACGCUAAGGAACAGCAGCAGCAAAGCCAAUCGAUCCUCAAUGCGGGCACAAAUCGUAUCAAAGAGAUGCUUAGCGGAUGGAAUGGGCUCACCAGUCUGGGAGUUCUGGGUCCAUCGUCCAUGGCCAACGAUGGCCCUCAAAGUGCACGCGAUGGCCCCACGCUAGGGCUAAAUACAGCGGGGCCGAGCGUAGCGGCCGCGUACGAGCCGGAACUGAUCCCAACUGUGCACAAGGAUCCCUGUGCCAAACGAUACUUUGACAACAUCGAGGGUAAUGUGGUGAUCAUGGGUGGGUACAGAGGUAGUGUGCUACGAGACGCCGAAACGGGACAGAUGCUGUGGAUCCCGAUCAAGGUCGGCGUCGGGCUCCGCAGACCAACGCUGGAGCUUGAUCUGGACGUGCAGGCAGAGGCAAAUUCCGAAGAGCUAGUGGUACCGGGUGAAUCUCUGAUGGGCAUCGGCCGUCUGGUAGAUAUGGGCGGACGACUAGCUUCUCGCAUCGAAGCGGGCAAGAAGCGACCUACAGUGCAUUCAUGGGGCUACGAUUGGAGAUUGAGCCUGCACAGAUCGAGCAAGCGCCUCAGAGAUUUUCUGACAAAGCUCUACGAGGAGAGCCAUACGGAAGAGUCGAAACGCCAGGGCGCCACUGUUGUUGCUCAUUCCAUGGGCGGCCUGGUUGCUCUGCACGCUCUUGCUCAGACGAGCAAUCCCAACAUCUUCGACAAGCUCAUUUUGGCCUCAACGCCGUUUGCGGGCACUGCGAACAUUCUCGGACCGUUCCGGUAUGGAGAUGCUGCUCUAUUUAAUGACGAAGUCUGUUCUCCUCGCGCCACUUUCUCCUUUAGAUCUUCUUUCGGCCUGCUUCCGCGUGAUGGCAGAUGUUUCGAGUCGGAGGAUGGCAAACCUUUCGACCUGGACUUUUUCGACCCAAACGUGUGGGAUGAUCUGGGACUCACUCCUUGUCUGGAGGCUGGGCGCUUCAAAGAGUAUCAAGCGCGUGUCCAGUGCGAAGGAAAGACGCAGCUGCCAGCUUUGGACGAGCAUCAAUCUAGCGAAGCUUCUGUAGGCAGUCAGAGGGCCGAUCGUGCGCAAAGCAACGAUGUGGGUCUGGACGGCGGACUAGAUCUGCAGCUGGCUGGCAAAGCCUCUUUCCCAAAAGGUGGGCAAGCAGUCGCUAAAGCUGUCCAAGGUACUGCAGAAGCAAGUAGAAAUAUCGCAGAGACGAGCAAGAUGAUCAAAGACGAAAGUUUGAAUGCUAUGCCAAUUGCAUCUGCUCAGAAUGGUGUUCCGACGACGAAAGAGGAGGCAAAGAAGAAGACUUACGCAGCAGAAGCCGCAUCGACGGCCCCGUCGGAAGAAGAGACGUGGGCAUAUUUGGUUCGGACCCUUGAUGAGACAAGACGCUUCCACAAAGAGCUCGAAGAAGGAUUUGACGAAGCACGUCUCAACGAUGGACAGUAUCCGCCUAUCGCUAUCCUAGCGUCAGGUCGAACACCGACGGUCCGAGGUGCUCUGGUGCGCACGGAAAACGCGCCCUCUGAACAAAGCUCCGAAACGGAGAGCUGGAAGAUCGGCGUAAGGGCCGGAGAUUAUUCCCGCAUGCUAUACGAGCCUGGAGAUGGCGUCAUUACGCUUCGAAGCGCCAUGGAUCUUCCUGGUUCUUGGUCCAAGCUUCUUGUUCGAGGAGAGGGAAAGUUGGGAGAACAUCACACUUCUCAUAGACACGUCACCCUGCUUUCGGAUGUGCAGGGCAUUGGAAGAUGCGUCGAACAGUGUCGCCUGGCCAGAGCCAAGCAAGCACAUUGACUCUUUGGCGGUCAAGCAGCCGGAAUGCACCUUUGCAGCGCUACCUCGCUGCUCCGCUUUGCAGCUUCUUGCACCUUUGCACCACCUCUUUGAAUUGCCCGCUUGCACACGCAUCUCACCCUGUCUCUUGCACAUGUCAUGUAAUGAUGCAUCGUCGCUCUAUCCACCAAAUGCGCAAACGUUCAUGCGCUC